AGCAGAGACCAUGAACACCGAUGAAAGAAACUUUCGAUCCAGCUACUACGAGAAAUGUCUGAUCAACAGCGUUGAGGAGAAGAAGUCGCUGAACAAACUCCUCCAAGAUGACAUCCGCAACCUUAGCAAGCUGAAGCAGUUCUGCAUGAAUUAUACGGUGCCCAACAUUCACAGGAGUUACCUGUGGGCCCUGGUCAUGGGCAUUCUGCCGCUUCACAAGGCUUCCACGGCGUAUAUACGGGACCAGAGGCGAGAAAUGUACGAGGAUCUGUUGCGGGCAGUAACCGUGCUUCGUUGUGCCGAGCACAAAGAGAAGGAGCUGAUCAUGCACACCAUGUGGCUGCUGGAGUCCAAUCGACUGUGGCACGGAAGUUCCAGUGCAAGUCUCCAGCCGGACGACAUGCACUUCAUAGAGAUAAUGCGCACCCUGCUCCAGAUAUUUAACGACGACGUGGACACCUAUUGGAUAGCUAAAGGAUUUUACAAGUACACCCGCGAACUUAAAAAGGAGUGCGCCAAGCUAAAGGAACAAACUCAAAUUAUGCUAAAGCGCGAGGAUCAAUCCCUGUUUAACCACUUGGAGGAGCUUGGACUGUUUGAUGUUAACUCAACGCUCCUGGACAACUGGUACAUUACCUGUUUCGCUGGCGUUAUCUGCGAGAACGUUUUGGUCAAAAUAUGGGACAAAAUAUGCGGUGGCUCACGAAAAAUCGUUGUAUUCCUAUUCGUAGAACUAGUCAAGGAUAUUAAGUCCCUAAUACUCAAGCAAAAAUCCCUCGCAGACGUCAAAAGACUAAUAGAAACGGUAAAAGAUCUCGAUGGGGUGAUUGUGAACAAGGCCAUAAAAUCGCUGCAAAACAACAGUAGCGAAGUAGAGUACACUCACUAAGUAAUUCUACCACAUUUUUAUAUUGGACAUGUAAUUAAGCAAAAUCAACUAAAUGUAUUUGAAGACCA